AUAUAAUCAUUUCCCAUCAUCUCUGACAACUUGAAUGGUCAUGCUGCUGGCCUUGUCUGCCUGUCUUCUGAGCAACAUCGUCCGGCUUUGAACUGUCAGAACCUGGUCGCCGAGCACACCAAGCUUCAGUAUAUCAGGCGCAAAGCGAUAGAAUAUUCGAAAAGAUAUCGCAACACAUUCCUCCACUUAUUCAGAGCUUUGGGGCUGGUGUUUUACACACGAAAACGUCAGCGUCUUUGCUGGCAAUAGAUCUUCGCCAUGGACAACCGCCCACCGGACUACUAUGACGAUGACAAUGACAACGGAUAUACGCCAGGAGGAAAUUCAGCCGCCGUGAGGUUGCUGACAUCGAUGGAAGAUCCACUGCCGGAAUCUCGACCUAUUCGACCGACCCCACGCAGAAACUACCAACCAUCAGUCAACUCACUAGACUCGUCAUAUCUCGACCCUCCCCACAUACCUCCUCCGACUUCGAGCUAUUAUCAGCCGCGCGAGAGCGGAUCCCCCACCAGACCAUGGUCAAGGAUGUCCGCACGGUCGGAUUUUCGACGACCUCCUCCUUCUCAUGUCCAGUACGAGCCGGCAGAUAUCAAUGGAAGCCCUAGACCAGGAACCCCCUCAUCCCAAUAUGGCGGUAGCCCGCGUCGACCACUACCGCCGGCGCCAUUGUUCUCCGGCUCAGCUCGGAAUUCGGCUUUCAUGGCAGACGAUGCGACAGUCAAUAUUCCGUUAGACCAUGACCACGACGAUGUGUUCGGGCCUGAUGAGAGUGACUUGGCUGACCACCGUAACUCCUACGGCGCAGAAUCCCAAGUUACUCUUAGUGAAGUACCUGGAACGCCUUUUGACGAGAAAGCUGAGCACUACUAUGGGCCAGCCCCAGAUGGCAUGCAAGAACGUCGAGGUGUUCGUCCGCCCCAAAUGGCGAAGAAGGCUGUGCAAUUGAUCAACGGAGAACUUGUCCUUGAGUGCAAGAUCCCGACCAUUCUGUACAGUUUCUUGCCGCGAAGAGACGAGGUCGAGUUCACUCACAUGAGAUACACGGCUGUAACGUGUGACCCGGAUGACUUUGUUGAGAAGGGUUAUAAGUUGCGACAAAACAUUGGGAAGACUGCUCGUGAGACGGAGUUGUUCAUUUGCGUCACCAUGUAUAACGAGGAUGAAAUCGGCUUCACACGAACCAUGCACGCCGUCAUGAAAAACAUCAGCCAUUUCUGCAGUCGAAACAAGUCAAGGACAUGGGGUGAAAAAGGAUGGCAGAAGAUCGUUGUGGCUAUCGUGUCGGAUGGAAGAGAAAAGAUUCAUCCGCGAACACUUGAUGCAUUAGCCGCCAUGGGUGUUUACCAACAUGGCAUCGCCAAAAACUACGUCAACCAGAAAGCCGUGCAGGCCCAUGUCUACGAGUACACAACACAGGUUUCAUUGGAUGCGGAUUUGAAGUUCAAAGGUGCCGAGAAGGGCAUCGUUCCUUGCCAAAUGGUCUUCUGUCUGAAGGAGAAGAAUCAGAAGAAGCUCAAUUCCCACAGGUGGUUCUUCAACGCUCUUGGUCGCGCGCUCAAUCCCAAUGUCUGCAUUCUUCUCGACGUCGGCACGAAACCAGGAAAAGACUCGCUGUACCAUCUUUGGAAAGCUUUCGAUCAGGAUUCGAAUGUUGCCGGCGCAUGUGGUGAAAUCAAAGCCAUGAAGGGCAAGUGGGGUACUUCACUGCUCAACCCGCUGGUGGCCUCCCAGAACUUCGAAUACAAGAUGUCCAACAUUCUGGACAAGCCGCUCGAGUCCGUCUUCGGAUACAUAACAGUGUUGCCCGGUGCUCUGAGCGCUUACCGAUAUCACGCUCUCCAGAAUGAUGAAACGGGUCAUGGGCCUCUCAGCCAAUAUUUCAAGGGAGAGACUCUACAUGGUCAGCACGCCGAUGUCUUCACUGCCAACAUGUACCUAGCUGAGGAUCGUAUCUUGUGUUGGGAACUUGUCGCCAAACGCAACGAAAGAUGGGUCCUGAAAUAUGUCAAGGGUUGCACUGGUGAGACUGAUGUCCCAGAUACUGUACCGGAAUUCAUCUCGCAACGACGUCGAUGGCUGAACGGUGCUUUCUUUGCAGCCGUCUACUCGCUCGUCCAUUUUAAGCAAUUGUGGCAGACUGAUCACACUCUGGCACGAAAAGUGUUACUGCACAUCGAAUUCUUUUACCAACUAUUGCAGCUACUCUUUACAUACUUCUCCCUGGCUAACUUCUACCUAACAUUCUACUUCAUCGCAGGCGGCCUCGCAGACGAGUCUGCAGAUCCAUUUGGCCACCAUAUCGGCUUAUAUAUCUUCACACUCUUAAGAUAUACCUGUGUGCUUCUGAUUUCCAUGCAGUUUAUCAUCUCGCUAGGCAACAGGCCUCAAGGUGCUAAGAAGCUCUACCUCGCUAGCAUGAUCAUCUACGGCAUAAUCAUGGCAUACAACACAUUUGCCUGUAUCUACAUCGUAGUCAAGCAAAUCACCACAGAGAACUCGGCUUCACUCGGCAAUAACGUGUUCACGAACCUGACCGUGUCUGUGGGCUCAACUGUGGGCAUGUAUUUCCUCAUGUCUUUCAUAUACCUAGACCCCUGGCAUAUGUUCACCUCUUCGGCACAAUACUUCAUGCUCCUUCCGUCAUACAUUUGCACUCUCCAAGUCUAUGCCUUUUGCAACACGCAUGAUGUUACUUGGGGGACCAAGGGAGACAACGUGAUGAAGAACGACCUCGGCGGUGCUAUUGGCAAAGGUGGUCUCGUCGAACUUGAAAUGCCAUCUGAGCAACUCGAUAUUGAUUCAGGUUAUGAUGAGGCCCUUCGCAACCUUCGUGACCGUGUCGAGGUGCCCGAACCUGGCGUUUCUGAGAGUCAGCUGCAGGAGGAUUACUACAAAUCUGUGCGGACAUAUAUGGUGGUUGUAUGGAUGAUCGCAAACGCUAUCUUGGCCAUGGCUGUUUCGGAGGCUUAUGGAUCUAGUGGACUGGGUGAGAACUACUAUCUCCGCUUUAUCAUGUGGGCCGUUGCAGCACUGGCGGUGUUCCGUGCUAUAGGAUCCACCACUUUUGCUCUACUGAAUGUGAUCAGCAUGGUAGUUGAAGGUCGGGUCAGGAUGAGCAUCAAAGUGCCGCAGUGGAUGGGUAAUUUUGGCGAAAAGAUGAGUGAGAAGAUGAGCGACACCAUGAGCAGUGUCGGCAGCAAGCUGAGCCGGUAAUGUUGUUCGCGGUGUUGAGUUGGAGCGAGACGAAGCGAUGUGGAGUUUGAAGCUGAUUGGCCGAUUCCGAGGAUAUCUGCCGCAUUCGGCAAUUGGGUUUAAUGUUUGGUUCACGAUCACUGGAGUUGCAUCGGCGCUUCUUUUGCAGCAUCUUGCGUCGGUUUCGAGAAAUGAACAUGAGGAAUUAAUGGACCAUGGAAACGGAAUGAAAAUCAUGUACAAAUAGAAGAUCAUAUCGCUAGCUGACAGUUAGAG